ACUCAGAGUAAACUAGGAUGGGUAACUGUAGCAGGAGAUUAGCUGCUGGGGUAAGACAUUUUACGCUUUAAGGUAUUUAAGUGAGAUCUAGAAGGGGUUUAACCAUGGCCACAGCCAGUACUACAGAGAAUGGGCCGAGUUCGCGGUCCGAGGAGAGCCAAGAAGCGCAAACAAAUGUCAACGCCACAACUGAAUACUGCGCAAAGUUACAGGAAUGGAUGUGGCAAUACUACUGGGGCUAUGCAAAUUGGCAAAGCUGGAUGACUCUGACUACGUUUCCUUUUCCUCCGUGCAAUUUUCCCAUAGCUGGAAACUAUCAAGCGCCGACUGGAACUCCAUGGCCCGUUGGACAACCAACUUUAGAUGCCCGAUAUGGGUACAACUAUCCGGGAAUAGGGUACCCCUUUCCAUUCCCUGCGCCCCCUACUACGGGUUUUCAGACAGGGCAGCAGAUGACAGCUGGGACACUGCCUCAUGAUGCAAGGCCAGUGCAACAACAGAACGGAAACGCACCUCAAGCAGGCCGGGAAUACACCAUCCCUUCUCCCCUCCACAGAUUCCUAGCAGAGACGGUGGACUUCUUUAUUUUAUUUUGCGUCAAGGCAACCAUCAUCCUGUGGAUUAUGCACCUUAGUGGCAUGAAGGACAUCACUAAGUUCGUCACCCACUUCAUAGUUGAGGAGAUAGAUGAGAACACGUCUAUGGAGGACCUGCAGAAGAUGAUGGCAGUAGCUCUGGUCUACAGGAUACUGGUCUGUUUCUAUGAGAUCAUCUGUAUCUGGGGUGCGGGUGGUGCCACCCCAGGGAAGUUCCUCCUUGGUCUUCGGGUCGUGACAUGUAACAGUUCAGUCCUGGUCCGACCUAACCGGGUACUGGUGGUACCGGCAUCUAACGUCACCCUGUCAGCUUCCACGGUGCGGGCGUUGAACAAGAACUUCUCCAUUGCCUUCCUGUUCCCCGUCUUCAUUAUCCUCCUCUUCUUCCAACACAACAGGACUGUCUAUGAUGUUGUAGCUGGAACCAUCGUGGUGCAGCGCAGAGGGGCCAGAUAAAAUACCCUAUAGUUGAUCUGAACAGGGUCCUGUUCAGUAUGGAACACCGUAGCAUAACACUUUGCAACAGAAAAUAUAAAUCUGUGUUCUUAUUGGACAUGUUCAGGUACCUUCCUGUUUCAUUAAGUAUGAAAAUGUUUCUCUCCUAUUGAACACAACCCAGACCUUGGGCUUCUAGAACUGAACAGAAAGCCUGUAAUACAGAACUAGGCCUACAGUCUAUUCAUGGAUACAUGCGGCUCGGACUGAAACCCACUCAGAACAGAUUGGAGUUUGGUACAACGGUAUAAAGAAGUCUCAUGGGGAGCCCUCAGAACAGAAAAUCAUGGUUGUUUUAUAAUCUUCAUUCAUAAAGUAUGGUUACUAAACCUUUCCCUAGUUACUACAUAGCUAGACAAGCUGAACAUUUCAAUGGAAUGUUCGAGAAGUUGUAUUAGUGUAUGUGAUGUUUAUAUGCAGUUGUAGACUGACUCCUAUAUGGAUAAGGGCUUUUUCCAGGUCAAGAUGAAAGGUGAAAUGUGACAGGGUUGUUCGCUCAGUGGACAUUCUGCAUUGUCUAAAUGGAACGAAAAACUGUUACUUGGGUCUUUUUUAUUUACUGAACUCCUCUGAAUUAUGCCUUGAGGCUGUCUGUCUUUCUGGGCCACAUUUUCAGCAGCAGGUUUGCAUUCUACUGUCUAGUUCUUUUUUCACCAGAGCCAGACUCAGACAGUUGUCAUUCUGAUCCAAAUCACUGAUUAGAAUCUGGACGUUCCAGACUCUUCCUCACAAAUAGGCGGUUGGCUGGUUGUGUCUGCAUAGGUGUGUGUGCAGGAAUCCACACCUCUGCUAUGUCUGGAUUCACAAACCAUGACUCAGGGUAGUCUAUUUGACAAUUUAUCCCUUACACAGGCUAACCUUAAAUGCAUGAGUGUAAAUUACCACCCUAAAGUGAGUUUACAAUGUAAUUCUUUACACUACUGUACACACUACACUUUAUGUACAUCUCCCAGACAGCAUGGCCACACUGUACAUGUUAUAGUUCAGCAUAUGAAUACAGGUCCAGGACUUCUAUUUUGAUAUAGUAAAUGUAUCAUGGGUCUAUUAAUAUGUGGCUUUAUUGUGUCUGUUAGUUUCAUGCUUAAUCACCAAUGACACUGUAGUGAAACACUCAAAACAGUUACAAUGUUUAACCACAGGGGGAGAUAGAAAACAAAACAGAGCAAAUAUCACUUUUGACUUCAUGCAAGGCUUCCUCUCCUCUUCCAAGCUCAUAAUGCCACAUUUCCCAUGAGGAUUAACCCCAGUGUUUUACCCAAAAGGUUCUGACUUUUCUAUUUUCAUCUACACAGGCCAGCAUCAAUGUUUCACUGCAUCUGUGUUCCGGUGGACCUGCUCUAACCUGGAGCCAAGGCAAGGCCCUUGGUCCUUUUCAUGUACAUAACAAUGGCCAAUUGUGGACUUUAACACCAUGUGACAAAGCAACAGUCCUGAAUGAUGCAGAUGUUGUUGAUUCUGCUCACCACAAGUCUUUAGUGUCACACUCCUGAAGGAAGCACAAUAACAUUAGAGGUACAUUAAACACUGACGACACCCUAGUGUGGGGGUAAGUUUCAGUGGAAAAGCACCAUCAAUUUCCUCUACUCUUUCUUUCUCUCAUCCCUCCUUCUCCCCCUCUCCUAUUUACCAGUAGUGCCCUGUAGGCCAGUAUGUCCUGGAAAAUUCCUGCUAAUAAACUCCAGUUGGAUGGAGUGAAUGACUAGAACAGCGUAGAGCGGGGUCGACGGAGGACACACUCACACUAGUCAACAAUAAACAACCAUGAUUUUCCAUGGAUUCAUUUCCACUUGAACUCAGUGACACAGACAUGCUCAAAAUACAGUCACACUCAGUCACACACACUCCGAUCACAUGCUCUAAACUGUAGUAGUCAGUCAUCAAAUUCCUCUGCUGUCUUUUCUGGUGACUUGUCUGAGAGAAAGAAACAAUGUACUCCUCUCUGUUUGACUCUCUGUCUGUGUCUCUCUGUCUUGCUCUGUCUCUCGCUCCGUCAAUAACAGUAAACAUUACACACACAAAAGUUCCAAAAGAAUAAAGAGAUAAAACGUCA